AUGAAACGUCGCGAGAUUGAAGAAGACAAUUAUGACGAUGUGUUAGCUGAUGAAGGUACUGAUGAUGAAGCGCAGAACGAUGCAGAAGGUAACGAUGCGGAUGAAGACAUGGUGGAAGCUGUGAUAGUAACCAAGCCUUCCAACUACAAUGUGACUGUUGGCCGAACUGUUAGACUGGAAUGCAAAGUUUCACCUGAUGAGAGUGUCGUAGUGCAGUGGUCUAUUAAUAACAUCGGUCACUACAUCGUGAUGUCCAAACCUUUUGACUACAAGAUUGAUAUGACGGGCGAUAAAUUAAGCGUUCCCGCCAACUCAACAGAUCUAUUGAUAACAGACGUUAAAUCGUCGGACGGUGGCGCGUACAAAUGUGAACUGAUGCAAAACGGAAGACCUUCGAUAGUACAUAAUUUGGCAGUUUUGGAAUCUCCCAGGAUUUCUAAAUUCUCCGCGAACGACAAUGGACAAGUAAUAGAAGGCAGCGACCUACUACUGACUUGUGAAGUAUCUGGAUCACCACCACCAAAAAUCGUCUUUUCCAAGGGUGCUGAGAAUGGAAACGUGCGUUUGACAGAAAAGGACGGAGAGUUUUCACUAAACACAGUGGAGAUUAAGAACGUGAAACGAGAACAUUCCGGCAAAUACUACUGUUACGCGUUCAAUGGCGUCGGUACUCAUCAGGCCGAAGUCGAAGUGGUGGUCAAAGGUAAGCCCCACGUGCACGUGCACAGGACUGUUGUUAACUCAGCUAUCAACAUGGAAGCUGUGUUGCAGUGCGCCGUACACGAUGAACCUGACGCUCACAUCCGCUGGUACAAAGACGGACAGUUGAUAUCGAGCGCGUCGCGGCAGUACGUGGUCAGUACCAGCGGGCAGCACUCCAACCUGACCGUCACGCCCGCUGUGGACGAGGACUUCGGGACUUUCACUUGUGAGGCUGAAAACGAGCAAGGCAAACAUAACCGGUCUAUUGAACUAGUUCAAAGACCAGUUGUUGAAAAUUUAGAAGCAGAAGGAACAAAACUAUCUUGGACAGUUCACUCUCAUCAACCUCUACAAGAGAUUGAGAUCCAAAUAAGAGAACUUACUGGGGCAGGCGAAUGGUAUGCAAUUCAAGUGCCUGUACCAAAAGAGAGGCAACACGAGUACAACCUAAGUUACGCGCUCGAUAUCGACAACGGUAAAUAUGAAGCGACCGUUAAAGUGAAGAACGAUAAGAGUUGGAGUGAACACAGCAAUACUAUCGUAGUGGAUAUUGAAGUAGAACCACAGUUGAUCCAGCACGCCUCAGUGUACCGAGCUAGCGCCCAUUCCUUCGUAUCGUCUUCACUUACUAUUUUAACGGCACUCAUUUACGUUUUCGUGCGAAUUGUAAUAGAGUCCAUCGGUCAUUUAGUGAAGAGUUGUCUCGGAGGAGGGGUGAUGGCUAUACACGAGUCGUACAAACAUUGUGGCCUGUGGACAUCUGUCGUCUUGACCAUUUUACUCGGCAUGUUUGUCAGUUACUGUAUGCUAAUUUUGGCUCAAUCAGCUCAAAAAAUUUAUGGUAGAGUGCAAGUACCCGCCAUGUCAUACCCAGAUUUAGCUGAAGCAGCUUUGGAAACCGGGCCAUUUACUAGUCUUAGAAAAUAUAGCAAAUGUUUUAGAUACGCUGUAGAUUUCACAAUUUGCGUGGACCUGUUCGGGUCGUGUUGCGUCUACCAAAUCAUGAUCUCCCGCACCAUAAAGCAACUGGUGGAAGGUACAAACGAAAUAUCUUCAGAAGGCACCCCCCCUUUGCGAGUGUACGUCGCGUGCUUAGUGAUUCCUUGCGUUCUCAUUUGUAUGAUUACUACGUUGAAAUAUCUUGCUCCUUUUUCUAUAGUUGCUGAUGUUUUUAUAGUGACUUGUGCGGGAGCAACAAUUUACUACGCAGUGAAAACGGCGACAAUCUCACCUGUGGAUUUCCCAGUAUUCAAAACUGUGCCAGGUCUAUUCGAGUUUAUGGGGGUUUGCGUGUUCAGUAUGGAAGGCGUUGGUGUCACGCUGGCUAUUGAAAAUUCUAUGGCAGAACCAAAGAAAAUACCCAUAGUGCUGGUGGGAGGAAUGUCAAUUGUUGUCAGUAUUGUGUUGACUGUCGGUUUCUUUGGUUACUGGGGUUUCGGAGAAAAAUCAAAGUCACCAGUCACUCUAAACUUCCCUUUGGAGCCAUUCCCGAUAGCGUUAAAAGUCCUGAUGGCAUUUAUGAUCUACGUGACGUUUGCUCUCAACUUCUGGGUGCCUUUCGAUUUAGUCUGGUUCUACAUUAAACAACGAUAUGACGCAUCCAAAUAUUGGUUGUGGGAAAGAGUUUAUAGAGCUAUUUUCGUGAUCAUCAUCACCAUAAUCGCUGUUAUUUUUCCAGCUGUUACCAAGUUUAUUGGUCUGCUGGGUUCAUUCUGUCUGUCCAACAUGGGUUUCAUCUAUCCAGCCUUUAUAGAACUAUGCCUGGACUGGAACGACCCCGGGCUAGGGAUCAUGAGGUGGCGGUUAUGGAAGUUCGUAGUCAUUUUGAUUUUUGGCACCAUUCUAUGUAUCGUCGGUACUUAUAGCAAUGCUAAAGAACUUAUUUCGGAAGUGUUU